UACGUCAGCAGCGAGAGGCCCCAGGGCGGCGCGGCCCGCAGCCCGGAGGAAGGGGCAUUCAGGUGUCUGACGCGGGCCUGCGAGGCCGAGGGCGCCCACCUCGUCGCCGUGCCAUUUGAAGAGCUGGACUUCGCGGAGACCGGCCUGCUCGACGCCUUCUACAACGCAGAUAUUGCUGUGGUGGACAUGAGUGAUAUCUCCAAACAGCCUUCACUAUUCUACCAUCUUGGAGUUCGAGAAAGCUUCAGCAUGACCAAUAACGUGAUCCUGUACUAUGACACUGACAUUGACACUGCUCUUUCAUUGAAGGAUAUGGUAACUCAGAAAAACACAGUAUCUGGUGGAAAUUAUUAUUUCAUCCCGUACAUCGUGACGCCAUGUGCUGAAUACCUUUGCUGUGAGAGCAAUCUCCAGAAUCGUGCCUCGGAGUGCAUGCAACCCAACUGGGACACCAUGCUGAGUCCCCUGAGUGUGCCCUUGGUGGACAGAUUCACUGGCCUCCUCAGGGCGAUCCAAGUGACCUCAUGUGUUUAUUACAAAGAAACUUUGUUAAAUGACAUCCAGAGAGCCAGAGAGAAAUACGAGGGCAAUGAACUGGCAAAGGAGCUGGCUCGGAUCAAACUCCGCAUAGAUAAUACCAAGAUUCUGACUUCAAACAUCGUCAUUAAUUUACUGCUGUCCUACCAUGAUACCCAGGACUACGAUGCAAUGUUGAAGCUGGUAGAAACACUGGAAAUGCUGCCUACAUAUGACUUGACUGACCAACAUAAUAUUAAAUUCCACUACGCAUUUGCACUGAAUAGGAGAAACAGCACAGGCGACCGUGAGAAGGCUCUGCAGAUCAUACUGCAGGUUGUGCAGAGCUGUGACUACCCAGCCCCCGACAUGUUGUACCUGUGUGGAAGGAUCUACAAGGAUAUCUUUUUGGAUUCACACUGCAAAGAUAAUGUCAGCAGGGACAGUGCCAUUGACUGGUAUCGCAAAGGGUUUGAGCUGCAAUCAUCUCUUUAUUCUGGAAUUAACCUUGCAAUUUUGCUGGUAGUUACUGGACAACAAUUUGAAACAUCCAUGGAACUAAGGAAAAUAGGUAUCCAGCUGAACAGUUUGUUGGGGAAAAAAGGGUGCUUGGAGAACAUGAACAAUUACUGGGAUGUAGGUCAGUUCUUCAACGUCAGCAUGUUGGCUAGCAACGUGGGGAAGUCCAUCCAAGCAGCAGAGAGGUUGUUCAGUCUGAAGCCUCCAGUCUGGUACCUGCGAUCAUUAGUCCAGAAUUUAUUUUUAAUUCUGCGCUUCAAGAAACCCAUUAUUGAACAGUCAUCCAAGCGAGAACAGCUUAACUUCUGGUUAGAUAUAAUUUUCGAGGCAGCAAAGGAAGUUGCUAAUGGACUCAGAUUUCCAGUUCUGGUGAUAGAACCAACAAAAGUCUACCAGCCUUCAUAUGUCUCUAUAAACAAUGAUGCUGAGGAGAGGACGGUUUCUCUGUGGCAUGUCUCACCCACGGAAAUGAAACAAAUCCAUGAAUGGAAUUUUACAGCCACUUCCAUUAAGGGAAUAAGCAUAUCCAAGUUUGAUGAACGGUGUUGUUUUCUUUACAUCUAUGAUCAUUCUGAUGACUUUCAAAUCUGCUUUUCCACCGAAAAGCACUGUAGUAGGUUUUGUUUUUUGGUCAAAGAGAUGAUAACAAAUGAAAUGGGCAAUACAGUGGAGCUGGAGGAAGAGACCGAUGGAGACACCUUAGAGUAUGAGUAUGACCAUGAUCCGAAUGGUAAUCGAGUUGUCCUGGGGAAAGGCACAUAUGGGAUCGUGUAUGCCGGGAGAGAUCUGAGUAAUCAAGUACGGAUAGCCAUCAAAGAAAUCCCAGAGAAAGAUAGCAGGCACUCCCAGCCUCUACAUGAGGAGAUAGCCCUGCACAAGAACCUCAAGCACCGCAACGUCGUUCAGUAUUUGGGCUCUGUUUCCGAGAAUGGCUACAUUAAGAUAUUCAUGGAGCAGGUGCCUGGGGGAAGCCUUUCUUCUCUUUUGCAAUCAAAGUGGGGGCCAAUAAAGGAGUCCACCAUCAAGUUUUACACCAAGCAGAUCCUGGAAGGCCUUAAGUAUCUCCAUGAAAACCAGAUUGUGCACAGAGACAUAAAGGGUGAUAACAUUCUGGUGAAUACCUAUAGUGGAGUGGUGAAAAUCUCUGAUUUUGGAACCUCUAAACGUCUUGCAGGAGUGAAUGCAUGUGCAGGGACUUUUGCUGGCACUCUGCAGUACAUGGCGCCUGAGAUUAUUGAUCAAGGACUUUGUGGGUAUGGCCCCGCAGCUGAUAUCUGGUCGCUGGGCUGCACAAUCAUUGAGAUGGCCACCAGCAAGCCUCCAUUCCAUGAGCUUGGUGAUCCUCAAAUAGCAAUGUACAAAGUGGGGAUGUUUAAGAUCCACCCUGAGAUUCCAGAAGUCCUUUCAGCUGAAGCUGGAGCCUUCCUUUUAUCCUGUUUUGAGCCUGAACCCCACAAACGUGCCACUGCCGCUGACCUGCUCAAAAAGGAUUUCUUAAGGCAGGUGAACAAGGGCAAGAAGACCCGAAUUGCUUUCAAGCCAUCAGAGGGUUCCCGGGUCACUGCCAUGACCCUGGGCACAUUGGAGGAAUUUGUGGGCCGCAGCAACAGGGAGCAUGGCCCUGGGCCCCUGGAGUUGGAUGCCCAACCGAAAAGGUUAGAGAAGACCUGGGAGCCCAAGCGUGGGCUCUGCAACCUGCUCAGGGUGUCAGGGGUCAACAAUGGAGAUAGAAAACACACUGCAUUUCUCCUCCAUCAGCCUGCCUCCUGUAAUUUUAUCUUCUUGAAGGUGACACUGCAGAGUCACCUCUUGGGUCCUAGAGUACAGCUUUGCUUGGGACACAGGUUGUCACCUAUGUUUGUCCGCAGUACUCGCAGUGUUCAGGAUGAGAGCUGGAUCACGGAAGAUCAGAGCAUGGCAGGCCAGAGCACAGCCUUGAACCCUGAAGACAAGGACCUGGGUCACUUCCUGCUGAACAAGGACAGGGAGUGUCGUACCACAGUGUACAAAAUCCUCUGGGAGGGACAGAACCUGUUGGCUUCCAACCUGCAGGAGUGCCUGGCCCAGAAUUCUGAAGAACCGUACCUCUCAGUCGACCACAUCAAGCAAAUAAUUGGGAUCCUGAGGGACUUCAUCUACUCUCAGGAGCACAGAGUGAUGGCAUCCAUGAUAUCAGAGCUAAAGGCGGACCUGAAAUUUGACAGCUUGUCCCUCAGUCAGAUUCUCCUGGUACUGUUUGGAUUUCAGAAUGUUGUGAAUAAAAUGGUGAGGAGCCACUUAAGAAACCCCCACUGGAUGUUUGCGAUGGAAAACAUCAUCCAGCGAGCAGUGAUGGCGGCAGUCACCACUCUCAUCUCAGAGCUCCAAGCCUACUUUGAGCCCGCCUUGGAGACAGAAGGGGUGAAUAAGGGCCUGGAUGAGAUGGGCCAGGACAGUCCCCCAGCAGACCCACCUGGAAAAGAAGCACAUGCAAUACAUGGAGGGGCCAGACACACUUUAGCAGUUGUCCAGCCCCAGGAGCUCCAGCAGGACCUGAGCCUCCAGCUGGGCAGUCUGAGGCAGGAGACCAACAGACUUUUGGAACACCUACUUCAAACAGAAAGAGAGAAUCAGAAUCUUAUACAGCAAACCCUAGAACAGAAAACUCAAGCAUUGCAUCACCUUCAGUCACAAUUCAAAUCUAAUGGAACUACUGAGAACCCAGCAUCAUCUUGUGGGCAGAGAACAGAUCAAGAGCUUGUAGAGUGGUUGCAACUGCAAGGAGCAGAUGCGAAUACUAUUGAAAAGAUAGUUAAAGAAGGUUAUACACUUUCUGAUAUUCUUAAUGACAUCACUAAGGAAGACCUCAGAUACCUUGGACUCUGUGGUGGGCUCUUCUGCAGCAUCUGGACAGCAGUCUCCCAGUACAGAAGACAGACUCAGGAGGCCCCGGAGACCCAAGAUAAGGCUUAACCAAUCAGCCAAGCCAGGGA